AUGAACGAGUCUCUGGACCUGAACAUUACCCUUGUGGAGGAUGGUAACUGGACUUUUAUCAAUGGCUCGAGUGAAUUCUUUUUACCUCUGAACAACAUUACAUAUGUUGGAUAUUACCUGCAUCAGCCAUCAGUAGCAGCCGUCUUCAUAGUGUCCUACCUCCUCAUAUUCCUGGUCUGCAUGAUUGGAAAUGGAGUGGUUUGCUUCAUCGUGUUACGGAGCAAAAAUAUGCGCACCGUCACCAACCUAUUCAUCCUCAACCUCGCCAUCAGCGAUCUUCUUGUUGGGAUUUUCUGCAUGCCCACAACUCUUCUAGACAACAUUAUUACAGGUUGGCCAUUUGGAAGCAUGGUAUGCAAAAUGAGCGGCAUGGUGCAAGGCAUUUCGGUCUCAGCCUCUGUUUUCACCUUGGUUGCCAUAGCGGUUGACAGAUUCCGAUGUAUUGUGUAUCCCUUCAAGCAAAAACUGACAAUAUCAACAGCCACCUUCAUUAUCGUGAUCAUCUGGGUGCUGGCGGUGUCCAUCAUGUGCCCUUCUGGUGUCAUGCUCCAGGUGACUAAAGCAAACAUCCGUGUGUUUCGGGGAAAUAAUCAAUCAAGCCCUUUCUACUGGUGCAGAGAAAACUGGCCUAACCAAGAAAUGAGGAAGAUCUACACUACCGUCCUGUUUGCCAACAUUUACCUCGCCCCUCUGUCCCUCAUAGUGAUCAUGUAUGCAAGGAUUGGGAUCACUCUGUUUAAAACGGCUAUGCCGGCGGGGGGCAAACAUGGCCAUGAUAAUCGCCAUUCUGUGUCGAAGAAGAAACAAAGAGUGAUCAAAAUGCUCCUCAUCGUGGCCUUGCUCUUCAUCCUGUCCUGGUUGCCCCUGUGGACGCUGAUGAUGCUAACAGACUAUGUUAAACUUACCGAACAUCAGUACAGGGUCAUUAACAUCUACAUAUACCCAUUUGCUCACUGGCUAGCUUUUUUCAACAGCAGCGUCAACCCAAUCAUUUAUGGGUUUUUCAAUGAGAACUUCCGCCGUGGAUUUCAGGCCAUCUUUAAGUUUGGCCUGUGUCCCGUCGGCGGUCAACAUCGGACUUAUUCUCACAGGGUACAGGGUAAUUCUGUGCAGCCGGUGAAUCUGCAACCCUCCACGGAGCCAAUCUCUCUAAAUAGCCUGGAGAACAACAGCUCGAGGAGGAUGAAUCACAUCAAUGAGCAGGACUUAGUGAUGGAAGAUUUAGAGAAAGUGUCUGAAUACAGUAUGGAAGGAGCUUCUCUUUAAGAUGAAUUGU